CCCCCAAAUCAGUCAGAGCGCCCUAACUAACAGACGUGUGCAGACGUGCUAAGAAAGCUAAAGCUUAAGAAAAGUGUUCCAAAGUUAUCCAGACAUAACCCCAGUCUCAUACUCAACCAAACACGCAGACACUCACGUUAAGCUGUUUUUUUAUUCGUGAAAGAAAAGAAAGAAGAAGGAGAAAAGUGCGGUGUCAAGCGUAAGAGCUUGUAUAGCGAGAGAUCGAGAAAUCAGAAAGAAAAAGUGAAAAAGUCCGAACAAAAAGGAAAAAAAGAUAAUGGCUAGUGCAGAGCAGAAACACGCCACCGCCACCGGGAAUGGAACAACAGGCAAUGGAUCGAUUAGCGAUGUGGAGCAGCCCAAGGAUGCCAAGGACCUGUUGCCGCACCUCGAGUCCCUCGAGCGGAUCAUCAAAUUGCCGGUAGUCAACGCGGCGUGGGACAAAUCGCAAGAUGUCUAUGGCAAAGUAAAAGGGAAGAAUCGUGUUUUUGAAUGGGCUUUAACGGCAGCCGAGGAUUGCGUGACCCGAGCGGUGACAACGGCAGCUCCUUUCGUCACCAAACUGGACCGACCCAUCGCCUAUGUGGACCAAACCCUGGUGAAGGGCAUUGAUAAGCUGGAGGUGUCGGCCCCGAUCAUCAAGGACACGCCCCAGGAGAUCUACAACCAGGCCAAGAGCAAGGUGAUCGAUGUGGUGCAGCCACAUCUGGAGCGUGUGGUCAAGUUCAAGGCCGCCGGCCAGCAGAAGGCCGCCUCACUGAAGGACCUCGCCUGGCAGAAGGCCAACGAGGUUCUGGCCACCCAGUACGGCAGUCUGGCGGUCAAUGGAGUCGACACCACUACAGCUCUUGCCGAGCGCCUCCUGGAAUACUACUUCCCCAAGUGCGAGUCCGAUGUGGAGGAGGAUAAUGAUGAUAAACAAAAUGCCGUCGUGCAGAAUGGCAAGAGUUCUGAAAAUGACAUGCCAGUUCCCGCCAGCGAGGAUCCAGUCCUACACACAGUCCAGACCGUUGGACGGCUAUCCAACAAGAUCUCGCGUCGCGUCUAUCGAAAUGUCUCCCGACAGAUCAAACAGGUCCAGAAGGGCAACAUCAACGACUAUCUGAGCUCCCUGAUAGCGGCCCUCAAGUUGCAUCAGUACAUCAACUUUAUAAACUCGUCGAUGGGCACGAAUGUGGAGCAGUCGAGCAGUGAUACCUGUUCGCCGUUUGGAACCACCACCACUAGUAACACCACCACAACCAGCAACAGCACCACCAGCUCCAACAGCAACAAUGCGUCGGUUGUGGCCAAGCCUCAAGUGGCUAAAAGCAAAUCGGCAGCGGCGGCGGUUUCAACUCAGUAGUUGUGGAACAUAAAACACCAGCCCAUCUAUAACUAUAUCUUUAGCUAGAUAUUAUCCUUUUUCACACAAAACCACGCCUCCCGCCCCUCCCCGAACACCCACGCCGCCCAUUUUAUAAUGUAUUUUAUAAUUUCUUUUUUUUUCCGUACUUUUUUUUCAUUUCGAAUACUACUGGCAUAUUAAAGAGUAGUACUUCGAUAGAGGAUCAUCAUCAAAAGUGGAGAAGGUUUUUCAAAUGCCCACGCCCUCUUUGAACCCCGGCCCCCUGCGCACCCUGCUUUGUAAAUAUUUAUUUGAAGUAUAACCCCCUCGCCCCCUCACCAAUCUAGUUGUAAGAUAUAGUAGUCGCAGAGAUCGGGAGUUUAGAAGAGCGCGUUUUUUUUUUCGUAAAUUUUAGCUGUGCUAAAGUGCCACGCAUGCAUUGAAUAAUACAUAAUAUAUACGCCUAUAUAUGCCUAAUAUAUACACAGAUAUAUAAUAUAUAUAUAUAUAAAGAAACGUACGCACACGUUGGCAUAGUGUGGUUUAGCUAUACGUAUACGUAAUCUAAUACCUAAUGCUAUUUCUAUCGCUAUUUAAUUUCCAUUGUACGCUCGCUGGGAGCCCAACCAGAUGAUGUCUAAUUGCUAAUGAAAAUGAAUUAUGCCUUAUAUAUAUAUAUUUAUAUAUAUACACACACACAACACACUACACACACACACACCCUCACACACACUUGUAUGGAGAACCUAGCCAUAAUUUUUGCUCUAAACAACUAGAUUGAUAAUAUUAAAUAUUAAUAAAAAGAACCAUCGCAAAACUGGAACGAAGAACAAGAA